AUGGCCUCUGUGGAAGAAAUUCUAAGACGAAACCUCCUGUCGCGGAGCAAGUUAGCGCGGGUGACGCAGGACGAGGAUGGCGUCACGCACUACAGCUGCGUGGAAUGUCCUGCGUCAUACGACGACAAAGAGAAAAUGGAACUGCACCUCUGCAAGCAUACCAAAGAGUACAGAUAUUUGUGUGGAAUCUGUGGGGCAGGAUUGAAACGCAAGGAGCACCUGGAGCGGCACACUCAAGAGCACAUGGAGGUGAGGCCACACAUAUGCAAAGUGUGUGAUAAAGCCUUCAAACGCAAAGAGCACCUCAAUAUACACCUCUCUAUACACAAAGGCGAUAAGUCACUCCAGUGCAAAGUUUGUGGCAAAACAUUUUACCGUAAGGACCAUCUUCAAAAGCAUGUGCAGACACACAACAGACAAUUCCUAGGCCAUAUGUUGGACGAGGUCGCAGAACAGGACAUGAUCACCAUCAAGCAAGAGGCUGAAGACGACGAGUACUUGAACCCUGUUAUCACGAGCGUAUCUGGAAGCCUUGGUGAAACUGAAAUUAAGAUGGAGGUGGAAGAAAGCUCGCAGGACGAGUCCGAAGUGUACAACUCCAUCAAACCGAUUCCAGUUAUAGAGGACGCGUUGUACCUGAAGAUGAGGCCGCAUGUUUGCACCAUCUGUAACAAGAGAUACAAACGAAGGGAUCACCUGAAGGUGCACAGUAUAACGCACUUGAAGAAAAAGAAAGUCUGCUCCGAAUGCGGGAAAGCAUUCCACACUGAAGAUCAACUGCUGACUCACAUAAACCUGGUGCAUAUGAAAACUUAUUCUAUGGAAGGCGACCACGAAGGCAUUUCGCGGCUAAAGAUCAUGCUCGGAGAUAAAGUCGACGUGCGGAUGCUGUCGGACGGUACUGAUCUCCUGGUGCCGAGGAUGAAACAACGCGACGACAGGCCGCACGUGUGCCGCAUAUGCAACAGGAAGUUCAAGAGGAAACAGCAUCUGAAAGUGCACGGCAACGUCCACAUGAGGUUGUCGCAGCCCACGAUAUGGUGUUCACUGUGUAAUGAAGGCUUCUACACAAACAGUCACUUCGAGCAACAUCAGUGCACGCCGUGGGAAACAAAUACAGAUGGCGCGGCGGACGACGAGCAAGUCUAUAACGUACCGCAAGAGGCCAAGAAGGAGAACAUAUGCUCGCAGGAUUACGUUGAGGUGAUAGAUGACUCAAACCCAGAAGAGAGCGACGUCGGGCAUGACCAGCUGGAGCAAGAGGAGCAACUGGGGCCACUGGAGCAGCUGGGACAGUUCGAGCAACUGGAGCAACUGGAGCAGCUGGAGCAAUUUGAAGAUAUGCAGGAGCCAGACUUUCCGGUGCCGCGGCGCGUGUACGUGUGCAAGUACUGCACCAAGCCCUUCAAGCGGAAGGACCACUUCAAGAUACAUCUGCACAUACACACCGGCGUCAAGUCCUUCUUCUGUGAAGUCUGCGGGAAAGGUUUCUACCGCAAGGAUCACCUCCAGAAGCACACACUUGUGCAUAACAAAGUGAAGCCAAAACCAAAGAAGGCGGUACCCGACCUCUUCCCCAUCAGCAUGCUGCCGAAGGAAAUUAUACCUGAAAUUACGAUACACGCACCAUCGAACACAAAGCUACGAGUGCCGCUGCAGAUAAAGGUACCGUAUCAAAUGGUGAUGUCGAUGGAGAAUGGUGAGCAGCGAGCGGUCACCAUCGACCCGCAGGCCAACACGAAGGUACUCUAA